AUGAGGAAUUACGAUUUCACCAUUGGCGAUCGAUGUUUUGAUUUUUAUUACUUGUUCGGUUCAAGGUGCAACGACUUCGGUUUUCUUAUUUUCGGUGAUAUUUUUGGCGCGCGUGAGGAAGAUGUAAACAUUCGUGAUUUUAUACGUCGAAAUGCGCCGUCGACCGCUUUCUCUGGUACUCUGACAAUUUGUAUUUCCGGCGUAGUUUUUUUCAGUUGCCUUAUGAUAUGCUUUUAUAACAACUUACAGGAUAGUUCAACUAAGCGAAGAAGGGACCUCGCAAAGCUGUCACCGACGUCCAUAUAUGAUCUAGCACCGCCACUGAUUGAACAAUUGAUAGAUACGAGUUAUCAUCAUAGCAGCUCGAAAAGCGUCCACAGACGGAAAAUCAAGAGUCGAUUGAACUACUUUUUAACUCAUUUGGCUUACACAGAGUAA